UGUUGGUCCAUCUUUAACUGUCUAUGAUAAAAACAUAGUUAAGGGUAAAUGGCAAACAUUAUGGGACAAUGGGCAGACUGGAAGAUAGUUCUCAAAUAUCCAGAAUAAAGUGGGAAAGAGCAGAAAUAUGAACAGAAGCAAGGAGGAGUAGGAGGAGGAUGUAUUUUCAAGAAUGAGGUUAGACUCCAGUACCACACCCCAGUCCAGCUGGUGGCGCCAAUGAGCCAUUCAAGUUUGUUACCAACCGCCAUAAAACCGAAGGAAGAAGAAGAUGUUGUUUCCUGAUGGCGGAACCAUAGACAGUAAUGACAACGGUCUGAAAAGGAAUCAAGACUUCCCGGUAACAGCAAAGGCACACUUCGACUCAUUGUGAAAGCCUCGCUGUGCACACCGACAGUAAUUUGCACCUUGCUCCUACCCUUCAUUUGGAGCCCAGUGCAACCGUCUCCGUUGCCAGCAGCACCAGAGGGACCCAUUUCAUAUUUGGACCUGUUGCUGCUGCUGUGACAGCUCUCCGAUUGGCUCAGAUUGAAACUCGGGCGCAGAUUGCUCUUCAGCAGCUUGCUACUCUAGUGACCAUAACUGUUGGCAACCAAUUUCACAACAACAACAACGAAUUUGCAGUGGCAUUACCUACUCACCUGGCUCUCCUAAGUCUUCUCAAUAGACAGCAGGUGUCAGCUGCUGGGUUUAACGUGGACACAAACUGAAAAACGUACAGAUACACACACACACAACAAACUGUCUGCUACCAUGUACCACCACCACUCCCAGCAACAAGGGCCACAGCCCUUCUCUAAUGGGCCCAGGCCUCCUCAUCAUCAGCCCCCUCCAAAUCAACAUCAGAAUCCUUCUCCCUCUAAUGUGCUGUCGCAGGCGAUGGUUUUCCAGUUUCCUCGUCCCACCCAGCUCCCUGAUGAGCUAGAGUCCGCCCUGGCUAUCCGGGGUGCUAGGGACAUGGAUCACCGUCUCAUCGACCAUACGAACCGACCGAACCAACACCAGAACCAAGGCUCAGGUUCUGGGAUCAGUCAACAUGGAAGCUACGGCUCUAACUUGAUAACACCCACCUCUGAUAAUCAGCCUGGCCACCAGCAAGGAGUAGACUGGUCAAACUACCAACCUCCAGCUAAACUGUUUGCCAAUCCUCUACCCAGUGCUAGCCACCAGUCCCAACGACACCAGGGCCCUCAACAGCAGCCACCGAGCAGCCACGCUGGAACAAGCAUCCAAAACUGGACUUCCCCCGGAAGUGACUCAGCAACAUCCCAAUCCCGGCACCCCCAUGGUGGCGGGGGGGAUGGUCAGGCUUUGUACACACCAGAGAGUGCAGGGAGCAUCUUGGCUAGCUUUGGACUUUCAAAUGAGGACUUAGAAGUGCUGAGUCACUACCCUGAUGAUCAGCUAACGCCAGACACUUUACCAUUCAUACUCCGUGACAUCCAGAUCAACAAGUCAGGCAACCAGAAAACUGUUGCUUCCUCAUCUUCGUUCUCACGUAGCCAUGAUAUGUCACUGCCUCCUUCCCGCUCUUCACCGUUGGCCCGUUCACGCACACCAGAAGUGCCCAGCCUUCUCACUGUUACACAGACGGCAGGUAAAGUCAUUGACUAUGGUCAUGCCAGUCGGGCAAAGGACGAGAGUGGUACCAGAGAGACUUUCAAAAGAGAGCCGCUGUCCAGUGAUAGGACAGUUAAAAUGUACCCAUCCUCGUCCUCAUCAGCUCCAAAAUUGGAUAAAGUUGAAAGGCGGCAGAUUCGUUUGGAACAUAGUGAAUCAAGCAAGCACGGAGACCGGGACUAUCGCAGGACCAGUAGCGACCAUCGCAAGUGCAGUCGGUCACCUGGGAGAGAAUUUCCAUCAUCCAAAUCUCGUAAUCUAGACCGAGACUACAGGCGUGAAGGACCCAUACCUAGGCCCUCAUCUGAAACCAAGAACAAUGCUUCCUUGCGGCGGUCUCUCUCCUCUUCGUCUGGCUCAAAACCACGCAGCAGCAAGAAGUUACCUACCCCCACCAUGAUAAGUGAUUUCUCAGCUGUGUCUCCAAAGGUGUAUCCCCAUACCUGCUCCCUGUGCCACAUACAGUGUGAUGAGGAAAAGGACUGGGUUGACCAUAUUAACACAGUCAACCACACUGCUGCCUGCAGAGACCUGCGCAACAAGUACCCUGACUGGAAACCAAAUCUACCAAGUCGGAGUGGACGAUACGGCAGCCGUGCUCUGUGGGAUCCCAAGGAUCACUCUCCAUCCCAUUCUGCAUCUCGAUCCCUCUCUUGUUCUCCUACCCCAAGUCCUCCUCACGGCAAACACAGGGUGGGUCGCCCCCACCCCCAUAGGCUUUCCACGGGGCCUUACUCUUCUCAUCAUCAACCUCGCCACCAACACUACACAGAACACAGCCAUCGGCUGGACCACAGUCCCCCUCGCUCACAUCUAACCUCCGUGGCCCUCAGAGAGCAUUGGCCUGAAGGGAGGGACAGGGAAUCAUCAGGGGGGUCUUCUCGCAGUGGUGUUAAGCGUCCAUAUGAUUCAACCAAGUUCUCCACUGACAUCAGAAGACAUCCAUCCUCCUCUAAGGCGGGUCAUACUUUCAAACAUGGACCAUUACAGUCCUCUGCCAAAAUGGUCAAGAGCGGGAAGAAGCCUGGAACAAAGACGACUAAGAUUGGAAUUGCCAAGGCUGCUGACAAAUCUGCCAAGCUUCCACCAGCCAAGAAGAAGAAAAAAAUGGUGACUCCAGUCUUCCAGGAUUUGUCUGUUGCAGAUCGCCUGGUUUAUCUGACCGGCAUUCCAAAAGAUGCGUCUGAGCAGGAAGUUACGGACUUGGUGGGGUCCUUUGGCAAGAUCAACAACGUGGUCCUCAUGCCAUGCUCCGAGGAAGAGAGCGAGAACAGUGAAGGACAAAAGGCAUCUGUAUGCUUGGUGAAGGCUGAAGAUGCCCAGGCUCUGGCUAACUCUCCAAAUCUCUCCAUCAGAGACCAACAAAUCACUGCUUUAAAAGCCAAGAAAGCUGAAGCAGGACCGUCCUCUGACAACAGAACCCCUACUUCAGGACAGGACAAAGGUGCUACUGGGGAAGACCCUGGAGGGGAUGCUGACCAGAAGACAUAUAAUGAGAAGGGCUUGGUGUUGAUCACAGGUUGUCCUGAGAGUGACUGGUCAGAGAAUGAUAUCAUCAACCUAGUCAAGCCCUUUGGAACUCCCUCUGACAUCAUCCAGGCACCACAAAUCGGAAAGGUACUGGUGUCAGUUCCAGACACAGAGAUUGCUCAAGAGAUGGUGAAAAUCUACACCUUCACGCCUGCGAAGAUUAACAACUGCGAGCUGAAGAUGAUCCAUCUCAAACAGCGUAUCAGUCUCAGCACACCGGUGGCUCUCUACAAUCUUCUGAUGGGAUCAGUGGACCCAUUAGAGAGUCCUGGUCCAGUAGGCUGGAACUGCCUGUUGGUCAUCAGUAAUGUUCCCAACACCCCAACCGGCUCUUCUGAGGUCCAGAAAUUGGUGCGACGCUUUGGUACCGUCAUCAAGACCGUAGUGCUCAACAAUAUGGUCAUUUGUGAGAUGGCAACUGCUGCUAUGGCCUUGUCUGUUUACAAACGUUUCCAGACGUUUCCGUGCAUCAUCCAGAACAACCCUCUGUUUUUCUCCCGCAAGCCUGACCCCAAAGCCAACACACAGACCAAAGUCACUGCAUACCCUGAUUCAUCUGAGGAUACACCUGCAAAUGGCAAAGGCAGCCAAGCAGCAACAGCAGGAGCAGCAUCUGCAGACAAAGAGACUUCUGAAUCUCCAUUGGAGGUGAUUGAAAAAGCCGUUGACGGGAAGGAUGAGAAGACAAAGAACACUGAGGAGACGGUUGGUGAAGACAAAUCUUUGGAAGAAAACUGGAGCAAAGACGACGAGAUAAAAAAAGACAAGCUUGCUGUUGAUCUUUCGGACUCAUUGGCUGCACCACAAGCCGAACCAGGAGCAGACUUGGAGACCGACAUGAGGGACAAAUCAGCUGUUAAAACUGUUGUGGAAACCGCAGAAGACGACAUAGAUGUCAAUGCUCCCACAACAGGUAAUUACAACACUCCUGCCGGUGAAGAGACAAAGACGUCAAGCUCUGAUGGCCAAGCAGCUUCACGGGAGACGGCCAUUCAAGAGCUCCCUAAGGUUACUCCAGAGAUGGUUAAAGCACUGCUUGUGGAAUGCCGAACUAGAACCGCCAGCAAUCCCAACAACACAGCCGCUUCCACCAAUGGAGAACAGGGGGGGACACAAAUGGAGACAGAACAGGGCGAAAAAGCCGCAGAGGGGACAAAAGAGCCAGCAAAGAACCACACAGAGGAGGAGGUGAAGAAGCAGGAGAGGGAGCGAAAAGAAAGGGAAGCAAGAAAGUUGAGGGAGAGGGAGAGGAGGGUAGAGAAGAAGGAGGAGGAGGAGGAAGAAGAGUUUGGCGACUUCCCGUUCAACAUGAGUGACUUUGUGACGGUAGAUGAAGUUGGAGAUGUGGCCGACCUUCCUUGCUCUUCUCCUUCUCCCUCUGUUCCCAUGGAAGCCACAGAUGGAGGGGAGGACGCUCCCACAUCAUUCCAACAGGACACUCUAGGGGACACGCCCGUGGAGGUUACCCCAGAAUCAACGAUGUCCGAUGCCCCAGCAACACUGGUGAAGUCUGAGCACAUUCAAAACCCAGACUGGUUCUUAUCGCUGCAGCAUCCCCCCUCUCCGGCGUCACAAGCUGACUCAUCACCCAGCCAAACACAUGUGCCAAUAUGUCAAACAGAAGCCCCUCAGAUCAAAACUGAGACUGAGAGCCCACCUCAGGCUGAGAGCCCACCUCAGACUCAAAUCAAAACUGAGACUCAAAUCAAAACUGAGACUCCGAUCCCACCUCAGACUGAGAUCCCACCUCAGACUGACAUCAAAACUGAGACUCAGAUUCCACCUCAGACUGCCAUCAAAACUGAGACUCAGAUUCCACCUCAGACUGAGAUCAAAACUGAGACUCAAAUCAAAACUGAGACUCGGAUCCCACCUCAGACUGACAUUGAAACUGACACAGAAGCCAGACUGGACUCCACCACUGAGGUUGAACCCCUUCUCGAACCUGCCCCUGCAGCUUCAGCUGCCCCGGCUGACUCCUCCUCAAACAGCCCAGCAGCAGGAGUAGUGACUUCAGAGAAUGAGCGGGAGAACGAUGUUCUUAAUUACAGUCAGGUUAAGAAGGAGGAGAUGGUGUCGGACAAAACGGAGGAAAAGGAGAAGAUGCAGGUUGAAGAGGACAAAGAGACAGGAGCUCUUGCUGGGGAGACAGUGAAGCGCAAGAGGUCUGAAGAUCAAACAAACGCUGAAGAGGAGAGUGUGAAGAUGAAAUUAAAGACUGCCACUCCCAUGAGUACAGACUCCCUCCCUCCUUUUGAUCCCAGCAGCCCAGUUGGUAUGGAGUUCUUGGUCCCAAAGACGGGUUUCUUCUGUAAGGUGUGUAAUAGGUUCUUCAGCGGAACCAAAGAGGCAGAGAUAAACCACUGUAAAACGCUCAAACACUACGAGAACCUACAGAAAUACCUGCAGACCACGAAGACAGUGACUGUCAAACCUGAACCCAUCUGAAUAGAGAUAUCAAGUAUUGACUGAAUUCACCAUUCCCCCUUCUGUUUUUGUCUCUUCAUUUCUCACUAAGGGUCCAGAUUAUCAUUGGUGUAGAUUAGUCUCAUGUCCUGUCUAAAUUGGAUAUCUGCUCUAGACUUUUCAUGUACAAUUAAGAUAUAUGUGUAGAAACUGUGUACAGUGGAAGAUGGCUGGCAGUAAGAAGUGUGCACAAUCAAUAAAACGUUGUACUAAA